AUGUCUAACCUACCUAUAAAUCUCGAGGUACAGCCAGCCAAUCGCCCGCUGUCGGAAGAAUCUACCAGUCAGUCCGACGAGGGUCGCAAGCGUUCCGCCAGCCCUGCCGAACCCACUUUUCUGGAGAUGGCUGACGCGUUGGGAGAGAAGAACCUUGUCCUUCUCUCCCAACGUAAGGACUCAUCCUUCGACAACAGGAAGCAAACCAUCAAGCGCGAGGAAAUCGCCGAAGAGCACCUGGAGGACGCGCUCCUGAAGAUGGAUAUGUGCUUGGGGUCCCCUCUAAACUUCGCGGGGAUGCCCAGCUCAUGGAGAGAAUGGCCCGGCGAUUCCUGA